UACCUUUGUAAUUCCAAAGAACUGCAAGGGUAUCCUAGUAAAUAAGAAUCUUAGUAAAUUUUACAGGCGCCUCUCUGUCUCUCUCUCAGUUCAUCUCUUCUCUACCCUCUAAUCCUCGACUGCUCUGCUCAACAAGCUUGCAAAAUUCGCGCACCAUGGGAAACAAGCCUGUGACUGUAAAGCAAGAAAGGGAAGAGAUUCUUCUGAAAAUUAUUCCUCCUGUGGACCGUGCUUAUAUUCAGUGGCUUGCUCGGGAUGUUGAGAUGAUUCAUGGCUGGACUCCGAGAAAUUGCAGGGCAGUGGAACCACCAGAUCAUUAUAUUGAAUACAUGCGCUUGAAUGGAUGGAUAGAUGUGGCCUUGGAUGAUCCUGAUCUGGCUCAUUUAUUCCAAAGUAAAUAAUGUGCUAUGAGGAAAAUUUAUGGUAUUGGACCUUCACAUGCUCUUUCUCAGUUUGUGGGUUUGUAUAGUCGGUGUAAUUGCGAGCAUGGGGCCCUGUCCAAUGAUUUCUACAUGAGGUAAGUGGUGACUUGUUGCUCGCAGUAAGGUUGCUAUUCUUUCCCCAAAAGAUGACUCCUCUUUAAGUGCUGUAAUCCAACUUCACCUUCUGUACCUGAUGCAAGAAGUGGUUGAUCAUUGAGUCACUGUGUGUUUACAAGGUCUUAGUUUGAGAUUUUCUGCGAUUAGGAAUGUCUUGUUGUUAUUCUCAAAGAAGUUGCUCGUCGAAAAAGAAUAUUACCUUAAAAACAAGAUAUUUAAAUGCUACUAAAAAAAGAGUGCAUUAUGAUGCCAAAGUAAAAACUUUGUUUGUUUGGUUUA